GCAGAGCGCAUGAAACCCCUGAGGAGACUCGAUGCCAAGGAGCACAGAGGAAAGACUCCCCUGCUGGUGGCUGUCACCGCCAGGCAGGCUGCCAUCGUCCACGACCUCAUCCAGGCAGGAGCAGACCUCAACGCCGUGGACAACAAGGGGCAGUCGGCUUUGCACCUUGCUGCAACCUAUGGCUAUGCCCAAGUCCUCCAGGUUAUCCUGUCACUGGGUUUCCCUCUGGACUUGGAAAUGAAGGAUUUUGAAGGCCAUACCCCUCUCCACUGCGCUGUCCUGGCCCACAACGCCCUGCUGAGGGAUCAGGGCGGGCAGGCUGUGCCAGAGGAGCAGCACAGGGAGCUGCAGCAGCAGAGCAUGGAGCUGGAAUCCUGCAUCCAUCUCCUGGUGCAGACCGGAGCCUCCAUCUACAGCCGGGAUGUGAAAAGCAACAAGACAGUUCUUCAUUACACAGUGCAGGAUGGAAACAUCUCCCUGCUCAGGUACUUCCUGGAGCUGAACGCUUUCAACUCCAAGGAUUUUGUCAACAACAAGGCCCAUGGCAACACAGCCCUGCACAUGGCAGCUGCUUUGCCUGGUGACAAGAACCAGCAGGAAAUCAUCCAGCUGCUCCUGGAGCACGGGGCAGACCCCAGCAUCCGGAAUUUGGACAAUGACCAGCCCAUCCACAUGGCCCCUCCUGGAAAAGCUGGGGAUCAGGUCAGGCAUUUGCUGAAGAAAGGGAAAGUCUCACCUGCAUUCAACCCCUGCCACAGGAAUGCCAGAUCCUGAGUUAACUGCAAUUUAUGGAACAGCUUCAACUCCAGCUUCUGCCUCCUCUAAAAACUGUGAGGGUGGUUCUGCAGCACACCCCUGCCCCUCCAGGCUUGAACCAGGCUGGGGUGAGAGUGUUUCUCAACCUGUGGCCACAAGCAGAAGAUGAGCUCUCAAAUGGGUGAAAACUCAGUUUUGGUAACAAAGAAUGCGAAUAAACCUCCAGCAAGGAGGUGAGCAAAUCACGUAGCUGCUACAUGAAUAAGGGAAUAUUCCAAAUAACUUCAAAGUAAUGAAAUCAAAGUACCAAGGUUUGAUUUGGGAGCAGCUGAAAGCCUUGGAGGUGGCAGAGCACGAGGUGCCAGUUUGGCUGUAAAAGGUUGAGAAAUGCUGCUCUGAGACAUCCCCGAGCUGUGCCUGUGCUGGGGUCUGCAGAGAGGGACUGCUGCAAAUGCUGCAGCCUCCGAGAUGUGCAGUUACCCCUGCAGUGCAGCAUCCUGCGGGGAGGGAGAGCCUGGAUGGGGAGCUGGAGUCAGCCCUGGCUGGAUUUCACCCGAGGG